AUCCUGUCGGGAAUAGAUGCUCCUUUCCAGUACGGCUGUAACAUCCCUGAUGUGACGGCGCCAAGAGCCGACGCGGCCUUGGUAGUUCUCGCUAGAAAUUCCGAGCUAGAAGGAGUGAUAAAGCUGAUGAAAUCGCUAGAAAGGCACUUUAAUCAAUGGUACAAUUACCCAUGGGUUUUCUUGAAUAAUGAAGAGUUCACAGAGGAGUUUAAAGAAACAGUGCAGAUGUAUACCAGUUCGGAAGUUGAGUUUGGUUCGAUUCCUGAGAAAGAAUGGGAGUUCAAUGAAUCUGUUGAUACGGACGAGUUUAAGGAAAGUGUAGAUAGCCAAGGAGAUCGAACCAUUUUGUACGGGAACUUGCCAUCAUACCAUAAGAUGUGUCGCUUCUAUUCUGGUUUCUUCUAUAAGCACGAGUUAGUAGUAAAACGUAAAUGGUAUUGGCGAGUAGAGCCAGAUGUCGAGUUCUUCUGUGACAUUACAUACGAUCCAUUUAUCCAGUUGGAAGAGCACAACAAGAAGUAUGGCUUCAACGUCAUGAUACGCGAAUUGUACUAUACUGUACCAGGCUUAUUUCGUGAAACUAUGGCGUACAUCAAGAAGAACGGGAUUCAAGUCAGAGGAGCCUGGAACUUGUUCAUAAAGGACUCGAAGUGGACAAGAGGAGGUGAUCAGUUGGCCUAUGAUGGAAUUUCGCAAAAGCGAGAUAUCCUCAGAGAGCUAGAGGAUAAUAUCGCUCUUAAGAAGUUCCGAGCAAUAAAGAAGAAGAAGGAAAGACAUGUGCAGAAGCUUCCAGAACGAUUGCUCAAGAAGCUCGCCCAUGUUGCAGAAGUUAUGCCAAGGCUACACGAGGACAGAAUGAACCGUGAAGACUACAACUUGUGCCAUUUCUGGUCCAACUUCGAGAUAGCUAGAACAGAUUUGUUCACGGACAAAGUGUACGAAGACUACUUCCGUCAUUUAGAUGACAGUGGAGGAUUCUACAAGGAAAGAUGGGGAGAUGCACCUGUUCAUUCGCUAGCUGUAGGGAUGAUGUUGGAAUUGAAAGAGAUUCACUACUUCAGAGACAUAGGCUAUAGACAUUCCACCUUGGGCCAUUGUCCUGGAAAUGCUAGGAAGAACCAGUUGAGGUAUGUCCCGAGUGAAAAGUACUAUAAAACAGAUUUGGAAGAGGAUCUGAAGUGGUUAGAGCCUGACAAACCAACAAAGUAUGGAGUAGGAUGUAGAUGUAGAUGUCCUCCGGAGCAGAAAGAGAUAGAGAACUCAGGAGCUUCUUGUAUCCGGGACUGGGUGGAAGUCACAGCCAACGACUACAGAGCAUUCAGGCCGGUCGAUCUAGAUUAUUGGGGCCAUGAGAUGGAAGUGAGGAUGGAUGAGUAUUUGCUCAAUGGGGGCAAAUUGGGCUACAGCAACUUGGCAGAUGCGAUGUUGAAAGAAGUGUAA